UUUUUUUUUUCGUUUUAAAGGAGUGGCUUAACUUUCCACUCUGGCUCUCCCUGUUUGCCUUUUAGCCACUGCUGCUCAGCCUGUCCUGGUAUUGUACCUGUCCAGGUAGAAGUUCACAGAAACUCCCCCCAGAAAGAAAGACAUUUGCUCAUGAAGUCUCUUCCUCAAGAGGACCUCUGUUGCUAGGGUCGUCUUUGGUUGCUAGGGCCCCAUGAGCCCUCCCAAGCCAUCCGACACACAUGUGCUUCAGUAGUUGAAGAAGUUGUCCCCAUCAACCCUUAACCCCCGAGGUUGCCAUGGCGAUGGCGGCCGAAGCAUCCGCCCCGCCCAUCUCCCCGUCGGACGAGCUCAUGAUGGAGGCGGCCGCUCCUCCUUCGCAGCCUCCGCCUCAGGCUUCCUCUUGUCUUCCCCCUGCCGCUCCCAGCGUCCCGCCUGCUCUCCCCUUUCCCUCCCUUCCCGACGACCUGUGCGGCGCCUGCGGCCAGCGCCACCUCCAGGAGGAGAACCACGAGUACAUGUACAAGGAGGAGGUGGACGACGACCUCAUGUGCAACAUCUGCCUUCAGCCGCUGAUCCGGCCCCUGGACACGCCCUGCGGACACACCUACUGCCAGGAGUGUCUGACCAGCUUCCUGCUGGAGAGCGACUUCUGCCCUGUGUGCCGCGCCGCCCUCAUGCUGCAAAGCUGCCGCAAGCCCAGCCUGCUAGUGCACAAGCUGCUGGACAAGCUGACCGUGGCCUGCCCCUUCACCGAGCACUGCAGCCACACCAUGGCCCGCGGAGAACUCCACGACCACAUCAAGAGCAGGUGGGUGCGUUUACCUUGUCUUUCAGUCGGGUGUGUCCUGCCUGUGCUGUUGACGGACCAGGUGAACGGCAUCGACAUCAGCAACGUGGCCCACUGCUUCGCCCUGGCCACCCUCAAGCAGCCCUGCACCCUGCUGCGGCUCACCGUGCUGCGCGAGCAACGCCACCGCUACCGCGCGCACUCCCACGGCCACGCCCACGACGCGGCCGGGGGCGGGGCCUACCCCGCGCCUCACAACCACCACUCGGCGUCCUCGCCGCCGGGGCGGGACGACAGCGUGCACGUGGUGCUGAGCAAGAACGCCCCCGACGAGCAGCUGGGCAUCAAGCUGGUGCGGCGCCCGGAGGAGCACGGCGUCUUCGUCUUCCACCUGCUGGAGGGCGGGCUGGCGGCGCGCGACGGCCAGCUGUGCGUGGGCGACCGCGUGCUCGCCAUCAACGGGCACGACCUGCGCUACGGGGCGCCGGAGCACGCCGCCCUGCUCAUACAGGCCAGCGAGGAGCUCGUCCACUUCAUCGUGUCCCGUCAGAUCUGCCUCCCCACCCCGGAUAUCCUGCAGGAGGCCCCCUGGGGGAUGGAGGGCCCCCCACCCUACUCCCCCGUAGACCUGGAGCCCUCAAUACUGGACUCGUGCCAGAAGCCUGCGUGCUACGAGAAGACUGUGACACUUACCAAGGAGCCCUACGACUCGCUGGGCAUGACGGUGGCGGGCGGGAUGUCCAGCCGGGGCUGGGACCUCCCCAUCUACGUCACCAACGUGGACCAGGACGGGGUGGUGGGACAGGAGGGGUCCAUCCGCAAAGGUGACAUCCUGUUGAACGUGAACGGCCUGGACCUGACGGGGGUGACCCGCAGCGAGGCGGUGGCAAACCUGAAGAACACCACGUCCCCCGUGGUGCUGAAGGUGUUGGAGAUGCGGCCCCCCGAGGACUGCCAGCCGGAGUGCACCCUGCCCCCCUGCCUGGCCCCCUCGCCCACCGACAGCAGCAAGAGCCCCCUGCCUAGUGACGACCACUCCCCGCUCUGGGUGUCAUGGCUGCAGCUGCCCAGGCACCUGCACUGCUGUAAGGACAUCAUCCUGCGCCGCAGCACCUCCGGCAGCCUGGGCUUCAGCAUCGUGGGGGGUCUGGAGGAGGUCAACUGCAACCAGUCCUUCUUCAUCCGCUCCAUCGUCGAGGGCACGCCGGCCUAUAACGACGGCAGGAUCCGGUGUGGAGACAUCCUGCUGGAGGUGAACGGGAAGAGCACGUGGGGCAUGACGCACACUGCCCUGGUGCGUCUCCUUAAGGAGCUGAGGGGGAAGAUCACCCUGACCAUCGUCUCCUGGCCCGGCAGCCUGCUGUAGCGGACCCUCCAGCCCCCAUCCCCGACCCCCUUUACCCCCUUUACCCCCGGAACGUGGAGGGGCGGAGUUUAAAGACUGACCACUUGAGUGGGAGGGGCCUAGAAACAAAUUGACAAGCACGGACUCCUGAUGACGGACAGGCCAUGAUUUGCCUCAGAGUGGAGCUUAAAAGGGAGGCGGGGCCUAUUGUGGAACUCUGAGCAGGGGAGGAGCCAGUUGGGAAAGGAAAAAACGACUGGAAGCCUGUUACCCUAGUUAGAUUGGCCCUAUUUCCCAGGAUGCAAUGGGGAAAUAGGUGUGAGGCGCUGGUUGGGCCCUAUCCACGAGGAUGACUGGACGAGCUGGAGGAGGGGAUCGCUGUUUCCCCAGACAUGGAAACCCAAUGACUCAGGUGGAGGUUUUGGUCUGGGGGACACAAAAGUUGCCAAUUUCAGUAGUUCCUGCGUUUAGGGUAUGCGUUAUGUUCUGCUCACAUUUCCUUAACUGUAAAAUGUUGGGUGUCAAAACAAAAAAAAUUAUAUAUAUAUAUAUAUAUUCGGAUCCAAGCGCUUGUAAGAUGUUAUUUUUUUCUCGUUUGUUCGUCGGUUGGUUUGUUGCUUUGGCCUUUUUAAUGCGGGGCUGUUAUGUCGGCACGGACAGUGGUUGUUACGUUUUGUCGGGCUGAGAAACACAUUGCCAAGUAGUUUGUCUGUGUUGAGAUGUCGCUUCAUCGUCACACCACUGGCAAAGUAAAAACUAAAAAGAAAUAUAGGAGAAAAAAAACGAUAGAGUAUUAGUGUGUUCAUAAUCUGUAAAAAAAAAAAGAAAAAAAUAUAAGAAAUACAAUAUUUAAGGUGACAUCUUGGAGGCCUUACUAAUUUUCCUACUUUUGAGAAGAAAACUAAACUGACUUGGUUCUUGUGUGUGUGUGUGUUUUCUUGGAUGUGUUUGGUGCACAUCUGCCACAGCCAUCUGUUCCACCGCAGCCUGUGUAGAUUAUCUGAUGGUACUUUGGGUAAAAUAAUCAAUAAAGUCGUUUGAAAAUGAAGAA